UUCUUCUUCUUCCUUCUCUCUGCUUCGUCGUCUCUCUCCUUCUUCAAAGUCAAAAUUCAACAGUUGUUUCAUGAGUGGUAUUGUGAUCGAUUUGGAGAGCAGCAAUAAGAAGAACAAGAGAGGAUAUGUCGUCACUCAGCAGAGAACUCGUGUUUUUGAUACUUCAGUUUCUCGAUGAAGAGAAAUUCAAAGACACUGUUCACAGGUUGGAGAAGGAGUCUGGUUUUUUCUUCAAUAUGAGGUACUUUGAAGAUAGUGUAACAGCUGGUGAAUGGGAUGAUGUAGAGAAGUACCUUUCUGGAUUCACUAAAGUUGAUGAUAAUAGAUACUCCAUGAAGAUAUUUUUCGAGAUUCGGAAGCAGAAAUACCUUGAAGCACUUGACAAGAAAGAUCAUGCCAAAGCGGUUGAAAUUCUUGUUAAGGAGUUAAAAGUGUUCUCCACAUUCAACGAAGAGCUUUUUAAGGAGAUUACCAUGCUUUUAACUUUAACAAACUUCAGGGAAAAUGAGCAGCUUUCCAAGUAUGGAGAUACUAAGUCCGCAAGAGGUAUCAUGCUGGGGGAACUUAAAAAACUGAUUGAGGCAAAUCCUCUCUUCCGAGACAAACUUCAGUUUCCCAGUUUGAAGAAUUCAAGAUUGAGAACCUUAAUUAAUCAAAGUUUGAACUGGCAGCAUCAGCUUUGCAAGAACCCAAGGCCUAACCCGGAUAUUAAAACACUCUUUGUUGACCAUACGUGUGGGCAUCCAAAUGGUGCACACACUCCCCCUACAACUAAUCAUUUAAUGGGUUCAGUCCCUAAAGUUGGAGGCUUCCCACCAUUAGGUGCUCAUGGCCCAUUUCAGCCAACACCAGCUCCUCUUACAACAUCUCUUGCAGGAUGGAUGCCUAAUCCAUCGGUACCACACCCUACUGUUUCCGCUGGGCCUAUCGGCUUAGGUGCCCCCAACAGUGCUGUGUCUAUGUUAAAGCGUGAGCGUCCCAGGAGUCCUCCAACUAAUAGCCUAUCAAUGGAUUAUCAGACGGCAGAUUCUGAAAGUGUGUUGAAGAGACCCAGACCUUUUGGUAUAUCAGAUGGGGUUAAUAAUCUUCCAGUCAAUGUCUUGCCAGUCACAUAUCCAGGGCAAAGCCAUUCUCAUGCAACUUAUUCUACUGAUGACUUGCCCAAAAAUGUUAGCAGGAUUUUGAGUCAGGGUUCUGCCAUUAAGAGCAUGGAUUUUCAUCCAGUACAGCAAACUAUGCUCCUUGUUGGCACCAAUCUUGGUGAUAUCGCAAUAUGGGAGGUGAGUAGCAGGGAGAAGCUCGUGUCUAGAAGCUUUAAAGUUUGGGAUCUUGCUACUUGCACUGUGAAUCUUCAGGCUUCACUUGCUAGCGAGUAUACUGCAGCAGUAAACCGAGUUGUUUGGAGUCCUGAUGGAGGGCUACUGGGUGUCGCAUAUUCCAAGCAUAUUGUGCAUAUAUAUUCAUAUCAUGGUGGCGAAGAUUUGCGGAAUCAUCUAGAGAUUGAUGCUCAUGCUGGUAAUGUCAAUGAUCUUGCUUUCUCCCAACCAAACCAGCAAUUAUGUGUUGUGACUUGUGGAGAAGACAAGACAAUCAAGGUUUGGGAUGCUGUUACCGGAAAUAAACUGCACACUUUUGAAGGUCAUGAGGCACCUGUUUAUUCUGUGUGCCCACACCAGAAAGAGAAUAUUCAGUUCAUAUUCUCAACUGCUGUUGAUGGGAAAAUAAAGGCUUGGUUAUAUGACAACAUGGGUUCUAGAGUAGAUUAUGAUGCCCCCGGUCGAUCUUGCACGGCAAUGGCAUAUUGUGCUGACGGGACUAGAUUAUUCUCUUGUGGUACUAGUAAGGAGGGGGAAUCAUUCAUUGUUGAAUGGAAUGAAAGUGAAGGAGCUGUGAAGCGGACUUAUCUUGGACUUGGGAAACGUUCUGCGGGGGUUGUCCAGUUCGAUACCAUGAAGAAUAAAUUUUUGGUAGCUGGUGAUGAGUUCCAAGUCAAAUUUUGGGAUAUGGAUAGUGUUGAUCUCUUGAGUUCAACGGCUGCAGAAGGGGGUUUGCCGUCUUCCCCUUGCUUAAGGAUCAAUAAAGAAGGAACUCUGCUGGCUGUCUCAACUACUGAUAAUGGAAUUAAGAUACUAGCGAAUGCUGAAGGUUCCAGAAUUUUGCACUCCAUGGCAAACCGUCGACUUGACAGUUCUAGAGCUCCUCCUGGGUCAGUUGCUAAGGGUCCUAUUGUUGGCACAUUUGGCACUUCAAGUUCAAGCACUGGAAUGAGUCUAUCAAUGGCUGAAAGAAGUGGACCAGUGGCAUCUGUUACUGGAUUGAAUGGAGAUAAUCGCAGUCUGCCAGAUGUCAAACCACGAAUCGCUGAUGAGGCAGAGAAAUCAAAGACUUGGAAGCUGACAGAGAUCAGCGAACGUUCCCAGCUUCGUACUCUGCGGCUUCCAGACACCCUGCUACCAGCAAGAGUUGUUAAGUUGAUAUAUACAAAUUCUGGAGGUGCUGUAUUAGCAUUAGCAGAAAAUGCUGCACAUAAACUAUGGAAAUGGCAAAAGAGUGAGCGGAAUCUUUUGGGAAAGGCAAAUAGCAAUGUCCCACCACAGCUUUGGCAGCCAUCUAGUGGAGUAUUAAUGACAAAUGACACACGCGAGGGAAACAAAGAGGAUGUAGUUCCAUGUUUUGCACUCUCAAAAAAUGAUUCUUAUGUCAUGUCAGCCUCAGGAGGAAAAAUUUCCUUGUUCAACAUGAUGACUUUUAAGACGAUGACGACAUUCAUGGCGCCUCCUCCAGCAGCGACUUCCCUUGCCUUCCAUCCUCAAGACAAUAAUAUUAUUGCUAUCGGAAUGGAUGACUCGUCUAUUCAAAUCUACAAUGUCAGAGUCGAUGAGGUUAAAAGUAAAUUGAAAGGUCAUCAGAAGAGAGUGACUGGAUUAGCAUUCUCAAACGUUCUAAAUGUUCUUGUUUCCUCUGGUGCUGAUUCUCAGCUUUGUGUAUGGAGCAUGGAUGGAUGGGAAAAGCAAGCUAGCAAACAGAUACAAAUCCCAAGCGGGCAUUCGCCAAACCCACUUGCUCAUACACGCGUUCAGUUCCAUCAGGACCAGACACAUGUGCUUGUUGUCCAUGCCAGCCAGUUAGCCAUAUACGAGGCUCCUAAAUUAGAGAGCAUGAAGCAGUGGAUACCGAAGGAGUCAAGUGGUUCAGUCACAGAUGCUGUAUAUUCAUGUGAUAGCCAGUCAAUAUAUGCAGCCUUUGAUGAUGGAAGUGUGAGUAUCUUGACGGCAACAACAUUGCAACUGAAGUGCCGCAUUGGUCCCAAUUCAUAUUUGCCUUCAAACCCGAGCUCGAGAGUAUAUCCAGCCACAAUCGCAGCACAUCCAUCUGAACCAAACCAAUUUGCAGUUGGGCUAACCGAUGGUGGGGUCCACGUGAUCGAACCGCCAGGUCCAGAGGGGAAGUGGGGAAUGUCCCCACCACCAGAAAACGGCGCAGGGCCAAGCGUCUCCUCAGCACCCGGGUCAGAUCAACAACAGAGGUGAGGUCUGGUCUGUUCACCCAGCUCGCACCAUGCAGCCUCCCAAGUUAUUAGUGUACUCUUUGAGAGGAGAGCUCUGAGAUUGUAGGUUUUUAUAUUCUUACUCAAUUCAUAGUAGGUGAAAGGUGAAGCAGCAGUUUCUUCCAUUAAUUCUAGUGUUUUACUAAAUGGUUUCAUUUGAGAUUCCCUUACUACUACCAUUAUAGAGUUCCCCUCCCUACAGUUUAUUUUUAUCUAGAUUUCAAGGUUUGUAGAUAAAAGAUUGAUUAGCCAAUUCAGAUAAUGUUUAGAAAGUCUUUGUGUUUC